AUGUUCCAUAACAUCGACGAAAAGUAUCACCUCGUGACCGAAGCGUAUUCUGUUACCAAGAACCUGUUCAUCCAAGGGCGUGAUAGCUACGAAAGGCUAAAGAAUAGAUCGCUGCAUGUCAUGGACACUUUCUUAGAUCAAGUAACCAUCGUUAAUGAAGAGAUGGCAAAAGAACUUAGAAGUGCUAUCAUCAAAUUUUAUAAAAUCAAAUAUUUUCAUGAUUUCACGCAUUACGUAAUUUCUAUGGAAGAGAUCGUAAACAUAACAGAGCACUGUCUCAAGGAACCAGUGGAGAAACUCGAGCUGAUCAGAAAGCAAUUUCACAACGUAAUCUACAACUUCCACGACUCUAGGAACUUCGAGAUUGUGAACAAAUGCUACAGUGAGUUGCCUGAUGAAGUCGCAACAGCUCACUGCUUAUUACACCAGGCUGUGCUCUUCAAUGAAACAAUGGAAGCGAGCCUCAUCGCUAUAGUUGAGAUAAAGACCCGUCAACACGCGAAAGACAUGAACGCUACGCUUUUCGGAGUGCGGGAGUGCCUUAACGACUUCGUCCCAAAUUUCUACGAACAGCUGUUGGUUGAUGCUUACACCAACAGCUGUGGUUUCCUUAAAGUCGCGAACGCAUCUGUGUCAGACUUAAUAGAAGAUCGAUGGAAAAAAUACCAUCAGACGAAGUUGCCGAAAAAAUGGAGCCCGCUUGUUGAUUUCUUUGAAGAGAAUUCGAUGGUCAAAAGUAAUCAUGAAUAA